ACAUCGGGUAACAAAAUUAAUAUUGGCACCAAAAAAAGUUCGUGAGUUUAUCAUUUGCUUAGCUUAAACUACAAUCUAUAAUUAAAUAAAUAGACAGGCAUUGAAGAUGGUUUCGUCAUUAGAUAAGGAAAAGAAAGAACUGGCACUUAGGCUGUAUCAAAUAUCUGCAUUUAAAUUUGGAUCAUACACGUUGAAAUCUGGUGAAAUUAGUCCUGUAUAUUUUGAUCUGCGAGUCAUCAUUUCAUAUCCAGAUGUCAUGCAAAAAUUGACUGACUGUAUUUAUAAAUUUAUUGAGGAUAAGGAAAUUCAGUGUGAUCAACUUUGCGGCGUUCCAUAUACAGCACUUCCAUUGGCAACAUUAUUGUCUGUAAAAAUGCGCCAACCAAUGUUAAUUCGCAGAAAGGAAGCUAAAAGUUAUGGUACGAAGAAGCUUAUUGAAGGAAAGUUCCAGUUGGAAGAGACAUGCUUAAUAAUUGAAGAUGUUGUCACCACUGGAUCAAGUAUAUUGGAGACUACAAAGGAUUUGAGAAAUGAAGGUUUAGUCGUUGAAGAUGCAAUUGUUGUUGUGGAUAGACAACAGGGCGGUUCACAACAUCUUGAUAAGAAUGGAAUUAAAAUGCAUUCCCUAUUUACUUUACCUUAUUUAAUUAACGUAUUAAAAGACGAUAACAAGAUUAAUGAGGAAUUGGCUAAAACUCUAAAUGAUUAUAUCUCCAAACCGAUUGAAAACAGCAAGCCUAAAAUGUCUCGCUUACAAAUGAGUUUUACUAAACGUGCUGACAUUGCAAAGAAUGAAGUUGCUAAAACAUUAUUUAAAAUAAUGGAAUUAAAGAAGACGAACUUAUGCUUAGCUGCUGACGUCACAAAGACUGACGAAAUUCUAAAUUUGGCAGAAUCUUUGGGGCCAUAUAUUUGUGUACUCAAGACUCACGUGGAUAUAAUUGAGGAUUUUAAUGACGAUUUUAUUAAGUCCCUCAAAGGUCUUGCUGAAAAGCAUAACUUUAUGCUGAUGGAGGAUCGCAAAUUUGCUGAUAUUGGAAAUACAGUUUCACUACAGUUUAGUAAGGGUGUUUAUAAAAUAUCAGAGUGGACUGAUCUUUUGACUGCUCAUUCAUUGCCGGGAAGUGGAAUUUUGAAAGGAUUAAAAUCAGCUAUGAGUAAUAAGAAUCAAUUGGGAAUUUUUUUAUUGGCAGAAAUGUCAAGUGAAGGAAAUUUACUGUCCAAAGAAUACAGCGGUCAAACUAUGGACAUGAUUAAAGAUUUUUCGGACAUUGUAGCCGGGAUCGUCGCACAAACUCCAAACUUAAUUGAUGAUGCUGGAUUAAUCCAAUUAAGUCCUGGAUGUAGAUUAGAAGAAAGCGGUGAUGACUUUGGUCAAAAAUAUAAUACACCGGAAUAUAUAAUUAACGAAAAAGGAGGUGACAUUGCAGUUGUUGGCCGUGGAAUCAUCGAAAGUAAGAAUCCAGUUGAAGUUGCAAAGACAUACCGUGACCGUUUAUGGGCAGCUUAUGAGAAUCGUUUAAAUAUUAAUUAAAUUGUUACUUUUUAUAAUUUAAGCGGACCACGCUUUGUAUGUCAAAUGAAAACUAACAGCGUGCGGACUGCCUGCAUUGAACUGAAUGUCUCAUUAAAAAGAAAGAUUCAAAUUAUUUUUUGUUUAAUAAAUUUUUAUCAAGAUCAAUUUUGUCACUUUUGUACCAUUUUUUGUGUAGUCUUCUCGAUUACUUUAAGAAUCUCAUUCUGAGCUUCAUAGAACAGCUUGUCAUCAUUCAAGUCUCUCAUUAGACAUCCAACGUAAAUUCCAAAAGCUUUACUUUUUCGCUUAAACUUUUUGCUGUCAAAAACUUUAUGUUCAGAUCCUCUGGUUUCAUUAGGUUGCUCGUUCGUUGGAAUGAAUUCAGAUUCUUCAUUGAUUAUAUACUCGAUGGUUCUAGGCUGCAAACUGUCAUUAUUUGUCGAAAUUUCUAUUCGUCGCUUCUUUGUCUUGUUUGAAUCAUCUUGCUCAUCAUCAUAUGUAUUAUCCAGUUCAUCAUUUAUGUCCUCAUUCGUCUCAACAAGCUCAAAUAUUGUGUCUGUAUCGUUAUGAUCAUUAUAAGUUGCUGCUUUCUGUUCUAAUUUCACUGAUAAAGGUGUCGAUGGUUGUGCCCUCAUUUUCAUGUAUUUUGAGAUGAAUUGAAGGCUUUUGAACCACCAGAUUUUUGGUACAUAUGUUAAUUCAUCUCCAAGCGUUUUAGAUUUCUCAAUUUUAUUUACUUCCUGUCCAAACUGUGUUCUCAGAAUCUGAAUCUUCUUUACAAUCUCAUUAAUCGACACAUCACUUUUUGUUUUUCGUACUGUCAGAAGUAUUUUAUCAAGUGAUUUGGUACGUGCUUGCUUGUUAUAGUAUAACCCAUGCUUUGGAUUAUACAAAUUCUCAUUUUCUUUGUAAGUUUCUAUUAAAUCCAAAACUGUUGAUUUUUGCCAUUCUCCACUCAUAUUUAAAUUUUAAGUAUUUUCAGAUUUCUCGAUGGUUUAAAUCCAAUAUCCUUAAUCGUAC